UGUUUAUGACCAUAAGUGAUGCACUGCAUGUACCACUUACUAAGAAACAGGAUGUGUCUAACCAUACCACAGUGACUCUGCAAGCACAUGUAGCAUGUAGCCUCUGGUUAAAAUACUUCCUUUUUGAUCAAAGUAGGUGUUAGGACUGACGAGCUGGCAUUCAAAAUGCACAGAAAGAUCGAGCGCUCAUAGGGGAUGGACGAUAAGAUAAACUCUCAAAACAGUUUGGACCAGAAUAUGGCUGAGGCGAUUUACACCAUGCCCAACAUGGCCAGGAACACACAAGGAGAGAGAGAGGAGAGGAUAGUGGACAACUACGCUACCAGUGAGAGCCUCGGAGAUCAACACCAGGACUAUGUGGGGACAGAGGAGUCCUCCAAUACUCUGGGAACAGUAAGAAGUCAGCAGCCGGACCCUGUGAGCCCUCCUAGGUGUCAGAUCAGAGGUGUGGUGGUGCUUCUGGUCCUGCUGUCUCUUACCCUGCUGGCUGGACUGCUUCGGUUUGUAAUGCAACACAAGACCGUAUGCAUGGACAGAGACGUGGAGCAACAUCACCAAAGGCUGGAGAAUGUGACAGAGCAACACAAGACCAUAAGCAUGGAGAUGGAGCAACUUCUCCAAAGGCUGAAGAAUGUGACAGAGCAGAGAGACUCACUGCUUUGUAAACAGGAGUGUCCAGGUGGUUGGACUAAGUUUGGUUGUAAAUGUUACCGGGUUACCAGAGAGUGGGGAUCCUGGAAUAAGCACAGGAAGCGCUGUGUUUCCAAAGGAGCAGAUCUGGUGGUCGUGGACAGUAAAGAGGAGAUGGACUUCAUUAGCGGAUACCCCGAGAUCUUCUGGCUCGGAGCGACAGAUGACGCCAGUGAAGGGAUGUGGAGAUGGGUUGAUGGGACCGUCCUGUCAGUGGAUAACCCCUCCUGGAGCGGAGGGAAACCUGAUGGUGGCAAGGAGAAGAACUGCUUAAGGAGGGACUGGGGGCAGCAGCCCAACAUUAAAUGGACAGAUGAGAGCUGUGAAGCCUCAAAGUAUGGGCUUUGUGAAUAUAAUUUAAUGAAAUGAUGGAUGAAAACAUUUCUUUGUCUGACAGAUGUGUUUCUUUGACUAUUUUUUUAUCUUAAUGCCAACUAACAUUCGUUGUUUUGUUUCAUGCUUGUUGAGUUCUGCCAUUCGAUAAGAGCUGUGAUUGGCUGCAAUGACAUGAAGACGUCACUGGUCACUGCAGGAGCUGUACAUAGAUGCUGUUCUUGUUACUUUAUUUUUUUAAUGUUUCCACAGUUGCUCUCGGUGUUGGAGGCUGAGGUUAGGCGGUAAAGAGUCAUGACAGUCAUUGGCUGGUUUUCACUUGCUGCAAACCACACUAGUUCUCUAUUUAGGGCUGCUUCUGCUGGCUUUGCCUUUGUCCCCUCAGCUUAUUAUUUAAUAAUUUUUCCAUUGAAAUGUAUUGAAAUUGUAGUGAUCACUAUAAAACACUUGUGUAUAAAUUGUCUGUUGGUUAUACGGUGUUCAGAGUAACAGUAGACUUGUGUCUUGGUGUCUGAAUGGGCUUGUAGGUCUGCACUUAGUUUUGCAUUACUGAAUGAACACUUUUGAAGGUACAUAUGCAUACAUGCAUUCUCACACAUACAGUAAUUUGUAAAUUGCAUAUGUACAUUUUGUGUCCAUUCAGCUGUUUUUGCUGUAGUGAAUUUGACCUUUUAUUAAAGCAGCUCUUGAUUAA